AAUAAAAACAUGAAAUAAUGAAGAAACGUCACUGGGCAUGCGCGCUAUUGCAGCUGCACACAUGCUGCACAUGCAUGAAGGUUCUUUAAGAUGUAGACAUUCACAUGUAUAACCAAAGUUGGUCAUGUUAAUAUACAAAUGCAUACCUGGACUCACUUAUACAAACAUAAAGUUAGGACUAAGCGUCACCCUGACAUCUACUGAAAGCUUUGCUAAGAGUUAGGAGAGCUCCAGAAGCCCCAGCUGAUCAGGCUGGGAGGUGGAGCUCGGGUGCAGGAGUUCAUGUGAAGAGGAGAGUGAGCAGCGCUGAGGAUGGGAGAGCAGCUGUCGGUACCUGAAGACCUGGAGCGAAGCGUGGAGGUGCUGUCCACUGUCAGCGAUGACAUCGUCCACAGGGAAGACGCUCCGCUGUUUGCAGCAGAAAUCGGCUCCGAGCUCCACAAACAGUUUGCCUUCCUGCCAGGCGGCCGCGGGAUGAACGGCAGCCCCGUCAUGGUCUUCCCAGAAUUCCCAUCUUUCAGCGAGCUGGAGGAGGAGGACGUCCAGAACGUCUUCAACUACCUCACUAGUGUCCCCAGCGUCACAGCCUCAGCAGAGGGUUUCAUCCUGGUCAUCGACAGACGACUGGACCGAUGGGCCGCCGUCAGGACUACCCUGCUCCGCAUCGCUGGUUCAUUUCCAGGGAUCUUACACUUGGUUCUGGUGUUGCGUCCCAAUACUUUGUUCCAGCGGACUCUGUCAGACUUCUUGUUCAAGUUCAACAAGGAUGAGUUCAAAAUGAAGGUGGUGAUGCUGAGUUCGGUGACUGAGCUCCAUGCUUAUAUCGACCCGGGACAACUGACCACAGAGCUGGGAGGCACGCAGGAGUACUGCCAUGAGAGCUGGAUCUCACAUCGCACUGCCAUCGAAGCGUUCGCCCUCAUGGUGAAGACCACGGCUCAGACUCUGCAGGCGUUCGGCACUGAGCUUGCAGAGACAGAGUUACCGAAUGAUGCAGAGGCUACCACCGGCCUGCUGCACACACACACGCUGAAGAAGGACACGAUGAAGGAGGACCUACAGGUGGCGCUGUCUCAAGGAGGACGUCUGCUGGAGUGCAUAAACGAGCCUCUGCAGACGGACCCUGAAUACAGCAUGACCUACGACGAACAGGAGAACUUAGCGACUGUACAGAGACUCCUGGGUCAGCUGGACGAGACAGAGACGGCGUUCGACGACUUCUGGGAGCGCCACCGCACCAAGCUGGAGCAGUGUUUGCAGCUGCGCCACUUUGAGCAGCACUUCCGUGAAGUGCGCGGCCAGCUUGAAGCCACGUCGGAAAGGUUGUCCGGCUUCUCAGAGGUCAGCGUGAACCCCGCCCACGCUGAGCACGUCCUCCGAGAGCUGAGCGUCCACGAGAGCAAAGCCUGCGACAUAUUGGACUGCGCCUUGUCCCUCGCCAGCGAAGGCGACCGGCUGAUAGAGAACUCCCACUACGCCGAGGACUCCAUCCGGCCGAAGUGCAGCGAGCUCAGAGGCGUCUGCGAGGACAUCAGCUCCACCCUGAGGAGCAAGAAGACCCUCCUCCUCAGAGCCAUGGAGCUGCACCACUCUCUGGAGAAGGCGUCUCGGUGGUGCGAGGACGGGAUCUUUCUGUUGGCGAGCCAGCCGGUGGACAGGUGUCAGUCUCAGGACGGUGCUGAAGCCGCUCUGCAGGAGCUGGAGCGAUACCUGGACACAGCUGCUGUGCACUCGAUCGCCGACCGGAGUGCCAUCUGCUGCCAGUAUGAGGCUGUGCUCACCGCUCAGCUCAGGGACCAGGUGGAGCGAGUCUUCCAGAAGCAAACGUCCGUCCAGGAGAUGUUCGAGAAGCGGCGCGUCAGCCUGAAGAAGCUCGCCGCAAAACAGACCCGACCCGUCCAGCCUGUAGCACCCAGACCCGAAGUCAAGUCCCCUCUCUCCUCCCCGAAUCAACAGAGAAAGGAGAGGAGAUACUCUGCAGAUAACGUCAUCUGCAAGAAGGCGGAGUCUCCGGUUCAUAUCGGCGGCACCAGACACGCAUCUCUCUCAGAGGAAGAAGAAAACCUGGCAGUCCUGAGGCGUCACGUGAUGAACGAGCUGCUGGAGACGGAGAGAGCGUACGUGGAGGAGCUGCUGUGUGUGCUGGAGGGCUAUGCAGCAGAGAUGGAUAACCCCGCCAUGGCUCACCUCAUCCCCAACACGCUGCUCAGCAAGAAGGACGUGCUGUUCGGGAACAUGUCUGAAAUCCACCAGUUUCAUAAAAGGACGUUUCUGAAGGAGCUGGAAGCGUACACCGACUGCCCAGAACUUGUGGGCCGCUGCUUUUUAGAGAGGAUGAAGGACCUGCAGAUCUACGAGGCGUACUGUCAGAAUAAACCUCGCUCUGAGAGUUUGUGGCGACAGUGCUCCGACUGUGCCUUCUUCCAGGAGUGCCAGAAGAAGCUGGAACACAAACUUGGUCUGGACUCCUACCUCCUCAAACCCGUCCAGAGAAUCACCAAGUACCAGCUUCUGCUCAAGGAGUUACUGAAGUACAGUAAAGGCUGUGACGGCUGUGACGACCUGCAGGAAGCUCUCUCCUCCAUCCUCGGGAUCCUGAAAGCUGUGAACGACUCCAUGCACCUCAUCGCCAUCACAGGAUACGAGGGUAACCUCUCAGACCUGGGCCGCCUCAUGAUGCAGGGCUCCUUCAGCGUCUGGACGGAGCACAAGAAAGGUCACGCCAAGGUGAAGGACCUGGCUCGGUUCAAGCCCAUGCAGCGGCACCUGUUCCUGCAUGAGAAGGCUCUGCUGUUCUGCAAGAGGAGGGAGGAGAACGGGGAGGGCUACGAGAAAGCUCCGUCCUACAGCUUCAAACACUCGCUCAGCAUGAGUGCGGUCGGCAUCACGGAGAACGCCAAAGGAGACAACAAGAAGUUUGAGAUCUGGUGCAACUCCAGGGAUGAAGUCUUCAUCGUGCAGGCUCCGAAUCCAGAAGUCAAAACGUCAUGGGUGAACGAGAUCCGCAAAGUUCUGACCCAGCAGCUUCAAGCCUUCAGAGAUGCACGUCAGCAGAAGAGCUCAGACCCGGUGUCCCCGAGUCAAACAAGCAACACCUCCAUCUCCCUCAGUCCUUUUCGUAGCAACGGUGUGAAGAACCAGAAGAAGCAGGAGGAGAAGAAGACAGAGCCGAGCACGAUAUCAGAGAUCAGCUCGUUGCCCCGGCACAAAGGCUGGAACAAGGCGUCUCUCUCGGUGGACGCCACGGAAGAGAACGACGGUUACUCCAGCAGCGAGGACCCCAUGAACUCUGACCCCGAGGACGACGUGGGAAAGAAGCUGGCUCCUGGGAAGUACACCGUGGUGGCGGACUGUGAGAAGGCGGGACCUCAGGAGCUGUCCGUCAAAAGCGGGGACAUGGUGCAGCUAAUCAGAGAAGGAGAGGAGGGACAGUGGUUUGUGAAGAACCUCCGUACCACUAAGGAGGGCUGGGUGGCCGCAGCGAACCUCCUCAGCCUCAUCUCAGAGUCCAAGUCAUCUCAGUCGCUCAGCAGCUCGGAUGGCAGCGUCUCUGGCAACAUCAGCACUUCUUCCAGCUGCAGCGAGACUUACACCAGCUACUCCGACAUCAAACCCUGACCCCUCCCCGCUCUCCAUCCCUCGACUGAACAAACAUUUCCCAUACAUACGGAUUUAUAAAAACAUACAAUCUGACCCCAACAGGAGGACAAGAUCAUCACGAAACUCCAAAGCUAUCAUCGGAGCUGCAGAAAGCUCAUUCCACUCCGCAGUAUUACUCUCUUCUUUUAAAUUUGUUCCCUUUUUUUAGACAAAUAGGGGUUGAAUUAACUCAAAGGUACAAAGAAUUUUGGCUUCAUUUGGAGGCUGCAAAUCUUAAGAUCAGAUGUCCACCAAACUCCAUUCAUAAAAAUGCUGAUUUAACCUGCAGCAGAGUUCCUGCAGGUUCAUUCUGCAGGGAUCUGUUUGCAUUCCUGUGUGACUUUCUGCGACAGAUAUGUUCGUUAAACUGAGCUGUUCAUGUAAAAUCUCACAUGUGAGCGUAGUCAAACCAGCUGAUUGAACAGCAUUGAGGCAGGAACUCAGAGUAAAAUCACUGCUUUUCUAAAUGGAGUCUGUUGCGUUUAAAGAGAGCGAUAUACAGCUGUUUCUUGUGUUUUAAAAAAGCACCAGAACAGCAGUAUUGUUCGUUUUUAUUUGGUAAUGUCGUCUGACCCUUCAUGAACAACCCUGAGCCUGUUGGAGGCACAACAAAGCACUUUUAAGGGACUUCUUCUGAGCACGCAAAAUCACCCCAACGUUCAUGUUUCUGCUCUUGUGAGAAGCUGAUGUCCUCGCUCAAGUAACCGCUCUGAUAUGUAGCAUCAACGUGCAGAUUUAGAGAAUCCAAACUCUGAAUUUCAGCUUAGAAACUGUUGAAACCUCUCCUCCUUGAACUCCUUCAGCUUCACACCUUCAGAGACAGACACGUCGGCUCACAUUCAUCAAACACUGUGAAACGUAGCAGCUGGCUGCAACAAGGAAACCCUCUCAGUGGUGUCAGUGUUGCUCAUUCUCCCGUUUAAUGAUCCUGUUUCCUUCACUAACUCCCCCACCUCUGAUGUCACCUCCACGCCUCCUUCACACGGCAGCUUGGAACAACUCCUGAACCUCUUUGUUCAGGUUUGGUGUCACUCCUCUGAUCUGAUCUGGAUUCAGCUCUCAGGAAGCACAAGAAGAAGAAGCCGUGUGGGCAGGCAGGUGUGACUGCAUACCUGCUUAUGUCACCUGAAAUGUCUUUGUGUGUGGGCAUUCCUGCAUGUGUGUGUGUGUGCUGCAGAAGUAACCCAGCGAGGUUACAUUACUUCAGAGCCUGACCAAUAUCUCUGUGCGCUGAUACGAACGAAGCUCAGAGAGGUUAGGAGGGAUGAUUCAUGACUGAGGAUACCAGUGGAAGAAAAUCUGACACACUGGAACUGUUACCUGAAGAAAAAUGGCAUCUUAUGACUGCUUAUGUUUUCUUAAACUUCUUGGAAACUAAAACUCAGUCCGUUUACUUUCAUACAAGACAGAAAAAUCUGCAAAUUCACUAAAAUCAGAGGACCUAAACUUUAGACUGCAACGACCCUGCUCUUUAACAGGCACAACAACGGAUUAAAAAUAGUGUCUGGCUCCUUAUAGUGACUAUCAUUACCAAAACAUAACCCAACCUGUGUUAUCUUGCUGAUUUAAAAGCCUAGAACAGAUUUAUCACAUGCUUUUUCUAGAAGAGUGCUCUCUGACUCUGCAGUUUAAAGUCCUCUCAGCACUUAUCCUGCAGGGUCAAGUGAAAACAUGAGCAUAUGCAACAUUUUAGUGCUGCAACAUGCACAAAAAGAAGAGUUAUAUCAAUUCAAGAUGAUAAAGUUCACCAUAUUGGAUGACGUAUUUUUAAUUGGCUUGAUUUGUCGCCCUCAAAUAUAAUUUCCCACAUCGGUCAGGCUCUUAUCUCCCAGAAGUUGCAGACACAAGUGGGAUCUUGUUCUUAUGUGGACAGUUGAGCUUCAGUUCUAUGUUUGAUAUGUAAUGACAUCACGCAUCAGGCCGCUUCAAGGUAACAAACUGAGAAAACAAACACACGCUUUAACCGCUCUCCUCACCUUUCUUUGCUCAACACAGCAGCAACAAAAGCCGUCUUUGUCCCCUCCCUGCGCUCCCAGCCCCGCUCAGGCAUGUGACAGCAUCUCCACGUCGAGGCCCUGUCAGACCUCCGGCUGCACCGCCUGAGAGAGAGGGAGGGAGAGAGCAAUAUGUGUUUACUCGACGCCUCGAUGUAGCUGAGGAUGAACGGUGCAAAAACAACAAUGACAAAAGUCUGACUUUCAGUGUGAGUCUCACAGCAGGGGGGCGGAGAGGGAGAGAGGCUGUUUAUACAGGUUGAUAACACAACCAGCUGCUGUGACACACUUCUUUAUACACAGACACACACACACACUUGCUAUUCUGAAUGCUGACACCUUUUUCUUACAUAGUUUUCAAGUGUCAACAUGUUUUUUAUACCAUGACAUUUCUACUGAAUCCAGAAGGCGCACUGUAAAACAAUCUCUUCUUGUUUUAAACGUUGAAUGUUUGACUCCGUGACUUAAACACAAAAACCAGCCCCCCCGCCUGUUUCAGUCCCACGUCUGGCUUGCAGUCGUCUACUUGAAACCAUGUCUCACUGUUGUUUUGUGACUUUUUCUUUAUUUGGGGCAGUGUGGAACUAUUUUUGUACUCAGAUCAUGUAACACGUUGUCCCUGUGAAACGAAGGACUCUAGAAAAAGGAAGAAACUACUUUACAGGCCUGUCUGUGUCAAACUGUGGCUGGUAUUCAGUGUCGUGAGUUCUGUAAGACUGAGAAAUGUAUGUUACACUUGUACAGAUGUGUCCUCUAUGGAAGACGAUUAGAGCCACUGACAAAUAUUUCUUUAGGAGGUUGAGCCAGUAAAGAUUUCUUUUUGGUUUUCUGACUUUAAUUUCAGAACUCUGAGAUCAAAACCAAACCCUUUUAUUUUCAGUGGCCCUCAUCCUCUUCCGUAGUCCUCUGAUACCUCACUUUGUUUUCCUCCGGCGCAUGUUUAUUGUGAAGAGGAUUCUUAGUUUUUGUGAGUCUUCUUGUCUCUCUGUACAUCAGCAUGUUCUUCAUUGAUCCAGUUUUAAAACUCUCACGUCCUCGCCGUGAACGAGGGAAGUAUUUUAUACCAGGCGCUGUCGUAUUGUGUGAGAGUUUAUUUUCUGCCCUCCUCUCGAAGCUGACACGGGCACUAAACUGGUCAGUUGUUUAUUAUGAUCACACAAUAAAGCUUCUUGAUUUGUUUGUACUUUGGACUCUGGAGGCUGCAGAGAGGAGAAGGGAUGUGAUCUUUUUUUAGUUUCUUUUUAUGCAGCACAUUGCAGCAACCACUGUCUUUAUUUUCCUAUUGUAUCUACUGAGUAUGGUGUUGAUAUAAAUAUAUUAUAAUGAGAUAUCAGUGUAUAUUUGUACAUAUGUAAUUCUGAAUUGUAUGUAAAAUUAAAGCAGCUUUAAUAAAGUCUGAGAUGGUUUCCUCUA